AUGCUGGACUGGAGAUUGGCGAGCGCACAUUUCAUGCUGGUUAUGAUUGUGAUGCUUUGGGGCUCAGGAAAGGCAUUCUCCGUGGACUUAGCAACAGAGGCCCCUGAGUUUGGAGCAACAGGCUUGCCAUCACCACCCACAGCCAGGGAAGAGAAGUCAGCCACUGAGCUUGCAGCUAAGCUCCUGCUCCUUGAUGAACUGGUGUCCUUGGAGAAUGAUGUAUUCGAGACCAAGAAGAAGAGGAGCUUCUCCGGCUUUGGGUCUCCCCUUGACAGACUCUCAGCUGGGUCUGUAGAGCACAAAGGGAAACAGAGGAAAGUAAUUGAUCAUUCAAAAAAGCGAUUUGGCAUCCCCAUGGACCGGAUUGGUAGAAAUCGAAUUUCCAGUUCCAGAGGUUGA